GAUUCAUAUAAUUACAGAAUUCAUGAAAACAGCUUCAUAUGCAUGGACUCGGAUACUUUUUUGGCAUAAUGUGUUUGAUCAUCGUGCUGUCACGUUGACGCAAACGAGGCUGUUUUGGACUGAUGCGAAAGCGAAAAGGCAGCGCAGACCAUGACAGCUCGUUCACGGGUACACUACUGGAAGGCAGCUCCGAUCUAAAGCAGUGCCCCAAAAAGACAGACGCUGCUUCUGAUCCAGGAGGUUCGGGGACAGCGAUGGGGAGACGCUACAGGAGGGGUGGUCUAAUGUGGAGGCUGAGGAAGAUACUGAUCUGGGUGCUGGGAAUCUACAUCACCAUCCCUGUUAUCAUCAAAGUCUGUCCAUCAAUACAAGCAAAAUUAGUAUUUUUAAACUUUGUGCGAGUGCCAUAUUUUAUAGAUCUGAAGAGACCACAGGAUCAGGGCUUGAAUCACACUCGCAAUUUCUACCUGCAGCCCGAGGAGGGAAUCAACAUUGGAGUGUGGUGAGAGCACAGACACAGAC